AUGGCAGGAGAUGUCUGUAAGCUGACGUUGUGGAUUCUUUGUUUAGGGUUUCUUGGAGGAGUUUCCUGUUUUUGUCCAAAAAAUCCUAAAAAUGGAUCCUGGCAUGAAGAGAAAGUGGAGGGUCGAUGUAUUUUGAGAUGUGAGAAGGGAUUUGAACCAUCAAACUGUCACGUUAUACGGUUUGUUAAAGGAAAAUGGAACUCAGAAAUUCCUGAAUGUGUAAAUGCGUCGUGGAUUUCUGGUAAAACCCUUGUAGCAGUUGGGACUGGGGUGGCAGCUGUUGUAAGCCUACCUUUAGUGUUGACAGCGGCAGGGUUUACUGCAACGGGAGUCGCUGCCGGUUCAUUGGCUGCCGGGAUACAAACGUCCUCCACGGCGGCAGGCGGCUUGUUUGCGGGCUUACAGAGUGCAGGUGUACUGGGGACAGGCCUGGCCACCAAGAUCGGAGUAGGCGGGGUAACAGCGGCCAUUACAAAUUACGUCUCUUCCGCUUUUUCAGGCUGUGAACAAGAGUAGCCUUUAAAUGAGUUAAAGAACAGUUACUGUCUUGCAAAUUUGUUGAAUUGUUGCUUUAUCUAUAAACAUCAUACUGAAUGAAAUUAAGCAAUCUUUUUUCAUAUCAGAUAAGAUUUUUCAAGCACUUGUAAUAUAUUUAUACAUAACCACAAAUGCCUUAGGUGUUGUUCAAGUGAUAAGAAUUCCACAUAGAUUCCUACGAUUUCACGAAACGUUCAUGUCAAAUCAAAUCACGUUUAUUUCAGUUAGUGGUUUAUUUAGGUAAAAUUUACUUAUAAUAAUGCACAAUUGUUUGUAGAAAUCGGCUUCUAAUCAACCCGGUGGUAAGACUUUAAAGCAUAGGAUGUACAAAUUAUUUUUAUUGAGUCUAAAUGAUGAAAGCUGAUCUGUAGAUAUUCUAGAAAUACGUAUUUAUUCAAUGUACGUAAUACUAGCUCAAUUAACUUAGUUUUGAAGAGAGUUUUACUGUGCAAUUUUUUGUUUUAGCUUUCCAAGUAUUACAUUAUUAAAACAAAACUUGAAAAUAUGUGAAAUAUUUGAUUUUACAUUUAUUUAACUGUUUAGUCACCAAGUUUUGCAAGCGUUAGAAAUGCAUGGAUUGAGUCUAUUAUUGUAACAAUAAAGAUAAGAAAUAAAGCUGC